UGGGUACUUGCCACUUGGUCAAAAAUUGAUCCUGAAAUUAUUCAGCGUGUCUUUUGUAAGUGCUCUAUUUCUAAUAUGAUAGAUAAGUCAGAAGAUAAUAAAAUAUAUCAGGAUGAAAUCCUUAGUAAUGAAAGUGAAGAAAUUUACCAAAAUAAAUCUGCUAUAUUUUUAAUAAACAUAAUAUUAUUACAAUCGAUUCUAGUGAUGAUGAAGCAGACCAUGAUGCAAUUAUUGAGGAAAAAUGCAAUUAUUAAGAAAGAUGCAGUUAUUGAGAAAGAUGAAGAAGUUCUUGUUUUUACAAUUGAUUAG